CGGUUUGUCCUGGUUUUCAUCGAUGACGUGCUUGUUUACUCAAAGAACGAGGAGGAGCACAAAGAGCACUUGAGAACCGUCCUAGCAACUCUAAGGGACGAGAAACUAUAUGCCAAGUUCAGUAAAUGCGAGUUUUGGCUCAAGGAAGUAAAUUUUCUUGGACAUGUAGUAACUUCAGAUGGAAUUCGUGUAGAUCCGGCCAAGGUAGAAGCGGUGCAGGAGUGGAAGUCACCUUCUACACAAAACGAAAUCCGAAGCUUUUUAGGACUGGCGGGCUAUUAUCGAAGAUUCAUCGAGGGAUUCUCGAAGAUAGCAAGGCCAAUGACGCAACAACUGAAAAAGGGAGUCAAGAUGAUUUGGACGCCAGAAUGUGAGGCGAGCUUUCAGUUGUUGAAGGAGAAAUUGACCACCGCACCAAUCCUAGCUGUGCCGGAGCCAGAGACUGACUAUGCGGUAUAUACGGAUGCGUCGAAGGUGGGACUGGGAUGUGUGCUUAUGCAGAAGGGGAAAGUGAUUGCAUAUGCAUCGAGACAAUUGAAGCCCCAUGAACUGAACUAUCCGACGCAUGACUUGGAACUGGCAGCUGUGGUACAUGCUUUGAAGAUCUGGAGACAUCAUCUUUAUGGAGUCCGUUGUGAGAUAUACACGGACCAUAAGAGUCUAAAGUACUUCUUUGAGCAAAAGGAGUUGAACAUGCGCCAACGUAGGUGGCUCGAGUUGGUGAAGGACUACGAUUGUGGUAUAAAUUACCAUCCGGGAAAAGCAAACGUAGUGGCCGAUGCUGGAAGGUUGUGUGUGCCUAAGGAUGAAGGCCUGAGGAUGGAAAUUAUGAGAGAAGCACAUGAAACCCCAUACGCUGCUCAUCCAGGGAGCACCAAAAUGUAUCAAGACUUGAAAAGACAGUUUUGGUGGAACGGUAUGAAAAAGCAUGUUGCGGCAUUUGUGGAGAGAUGCCUAGCAUGUCAACAAGUAAAGGCGCUACACCAACGGCCCUAUGGGAAAUUGCAACCCCUCGAGAUUCCGGAAUGGAAGUGGGAACAUAUUGCAAUGGACUUUGUGGUAGGACUGCCAAAAUCCCAGCGAGGGAACACGGUGAUUUGGGUGAUUAUAGAUCGCCUCACCAAAUCUGCCCAUUUUGUGCCGGUUCGUGCCACUUAUGGAUCCGAUCAGUUGGCUAAGGUAUAUGUACGGGAAAUUAUACGCUUGCAUGGAGUUCCAGCGACAAUCACAUCUGAUCGUGAUGCUAAAUUCACUUCUAGAUUUUGGACAAGCCUGCAGCACGAGUUGGGGACUAAGUUGAAUUUCAGUACAGCUUUCCACCCACAAACCGACGGGCAGUCGGAGAGAACAAUUCAAGCCUUAGAGGAUAUGCUGCGAGCCGUGGUGCUAGAUCGAGGCGUAGGUUGGGAAGAAGUGUUGCCCCUGGUAGAGUUCGCUUACAAUAAUAGUUACCAGUCUGCAGCAGUGAAGCAGCUUAGAUUGGACAUCGACGAAGUGGUCGAUGAUGUAAUUCCAGUUGGAAUUGCCCAGAAAUUCCGGGAGAGAUUAGCAGAGGCCGGGACAAGUACAGCUCAGGAAGAGCCUGAGCAUAGGAAACCAAGGGGGAGGAAGGUCGACCAUCUAUACAGCCUCAGAUAUGACCACUGGUGGGGAAGUGCUGAGCAAACUAAAUUGCUCUAA